GGUGGCGUCGAUAACAACAGCAGCGCUAACGGCGAGCACGAGACGAGUCUAACUGAUUUAAACCGCGACCGUGUCCGCAGUCUUCUCGUGCUGUCAUCGCAAAUCAUUUAAACUAAAUUAAAUAUGUGAUGUUCAUCCACGAGGAGUCCGGAUAUAAGUUAUAAAACAUCGUUUCGCUGGCGGCUAGCGGGCGCGAGCUCUCGGUUGCCUGGCAAACGAAAACAACAACCCGGAAGUGAGUCCAAAACCCCGCCGGAAGUGAGUCCGAAGUGUCGUAAAAUAAUUAAAUAAUAAUAAUGGCGGAUGACGGCAGGCGAGGGGACGAAGACGAGCGCGGGCCCGGGGCCACGCACCACGUGUUCGUUGUUAUGGAGGUCCUGCUGGAGAAGCUGAAGGUGCUGAACUACGAGGAGGAGGUCCUGGCGAAGCACCACAUGAGAAGCCUCUCCAGACAUUACUUCGUCUCCAGUCCGUAUCUGGCGUCCAACCCGGGCGAGCAGUUCUUCAUGUUCACCAUCAUCGCGGCGUGGCUCAUCAACGAGGCCGGGCGGCCGUUCCCCGAGCCGCAGGAGCACGACGAGCCCAACGCCACCGUCUCCGACGUCCUGGCCGAGCUCCGGGCCUUCGGCGUCAAGGUGGACUUCCCACCCUCCAAACUGAAAUCGGGUUCUGGCGAGUACGUCUGCUUCGUGCUGGACCGACUGGCCGAAGAGGCUCUGAGGAGGCGGGGCUUCUCCUUCAGGAGACCAAACUACCCAUCAGAAACCACAGAAGAAGAGUCUGUGAUGGAGGACGACGCAGAGCUCACGCUCAGCAAAGUGGAGGAGGAGAUGAUCGAGGAGGCUGACGAGGAGCAGAACGUGAUGGACCUGGAGGCUCUGAAGCUGCGAACCACUCACACCGAAGCGGAGCCGUCCUCCAAACCGGACGAGAUCCUGGAGUCCACGGUCGACGCAGCGGAAUGGAACCUGGAGGUGGAGAGAGUGCUGCCACAACUCAAGGUCACCAUCAGGACCGACAACAAGGACUGGAGGAUCCACGUGGACCAGAUGCAUCAACACAGGGACGGGAUCAAGACCUCGCUCAAAGAGGCCAAGAGCUACCUGGACAAACUGCAGGAGGACAUCGGAAAGACUCUGGAGAAGGUGAGCAGCCGAGAGAAAUACAUCAACAACCAGCUGGAGCUUCUGAUCCAGGAGUACCGCGGCGCUCAGGCCAAGCUCAGCGAGGCCAAAGAGCGCUACCAGCAGGCCAGCGGGGGAGUGACCGAGAGGACCCGAGUCCUGGCAGAGAUCAGUGAGGAGCUGGACAGGGUGAAGCAGGAGAUGGAGGAGAAAGGCAGCAGCAUGUCUGAUGGAGCUCCGGUGGUGAAGAUCAAGCAGAGUUUGACCAAGUUGAAGCAGGAGAUCCUUCAGAUGGACGUGAGGAUCGGCGUCGUGGAGCACACGCUGCUGCAGGCCAAACUCAAGGAGAAGUCCAACAUGACGCGGGACAUGCACGCCACUAACAUCUCAGAGCCCGCCUCCGGGCCCUUCUCCUAGGUCCACCUCCCUGCUGGGCCCUUCUCCUAGGUCCACCUCCAUGCUGGGCCCUUCUCCUAGGUCCACCUCCCUGCUGGGCCCUUCUCCUAGGACCACCUCCACGCUGGGCCCUUCU